AUGACUGAGAUGGUGCAAAGUAAAUAUAUAUCUUUAUCCAAAUCCAAAACAUCUUCCAUCACCAUGUCGAUGAUGAUGUUAGGGGAACCACCCCAUCGUUCAAAUCCAACCCUACACGUGGCACCGGCACCAUGGCCAGUUAUGAACAAUCCUACGGCGGAGAUCUUUUCUGAUGAUUAUUCUCAGUUUUAUUUUGAAGAAGCAAUGAACGCUCUUCAACACUGUGUUCCUUCCAUGGAGGACGAAGACGAUUCUGACUCGGAGAUUUUUCCGAGUCAUGACUCGGUGGAUGCUUACACGAAUGACCAUUUUCGUAUGUUUGAGUUCAAGAUACGGAGAUGCGCACGUGGUAGGUCACAUGACUGGACGGAGUGUCCCUUCGCUCAUCCCGGUGAGAAGGCUCGCCGUCGUGACCCGAGGAGGGUUCCAUAUUCUGGGACUUCGUGUCCGGAGUUUCGUAAAGGAAGUUGCAAGAAAGGCGAUUUGUGUGAGUUCGCGCAUGGGGUUUUCGAGUGCUGGCUUCAUCCUUCACGUUACCGGACUCAGCCAUGCAAAGACGGAACAAGUUGCCGGCGACGUGUUUGUUUCUUUGCUCACACGGCUGAACAACUCAGGGCUCCGACGAGUCUUCAGAGUCCGUUGAGUGUUAACUCCGUCGAGUCUUAUGACGGUUCUCCUCUCCGGCUUGCCAUUGAAUCCUCCUGUGUUAAAAAGCUUCGGUUCAUGUCUUCUCCCGGUUCUGUUUCUCCGCCGGCGGAGUCUCCUCCGUCAUUGGGAAGGUCACCGGGUUCUGUGAAUGAGAUGGUGGCUUCGCUGCGAAACUUGCAACUCGGUAAGAUGAAAUCUUUACCUUCUUCAUGGAAUGUUCAAAUGGGUUCUCCUCGGUUCGGGUCUCCAAGAGGACCCCUGAUCCGACCCGGAUUCUGUAGCCUUCCAUCAACGCCGACUCAGCCACCGAGUCGCGGCGGGGUUAACCAUUUCGACCUUUGGGAUCAAAGCUGUGAAGAGGAGCCUGUGAUGGAGAGAGUGGAGUCUGGUAGGGAUAUUAGGGUGAAGAUGUUUGAGAAACUGAGCAAAGAGAACUCGUUUGAUGGAUCCGGGUCGGGUCUGAAUUCGGAACAGGUAAAUGGGGCUCCGGAUAUUGGGUGGGUUUCGGAGCUUGUCUGACUGAUGUUGAUUUUAUUUUGGAGUCGUCUGUGGUUUCACUUUUGGACAAGAUUUAAUGUUGGAAAAUUGUAUUCAUGUAAAUAUGUCUUUUUCUCAGGGUUAUGAGGUGAAGAAAAUGAAGUAAAAAUAUUUAAGCUAUUUUUUGGAAGGUUUUCAGGAAAUCCAGACGACCUGUAAUUGAAUUUCAAGGCUUUAUUGUAUUUAUGUAAUUCAAUUAAAAAUUAUCCUAA